GAGCGAGGCAGCAUUCUCACUCUUCUGCCAGUUAAAGUUUAGCGACUGGGAGCCAAGGAUUUCCUCAAAUCAGCCUGCAGGGACGGAGGGGCGGGAAGGGUGAGAAUUUCCUCUCGUUUGUUCAUUCUUGCUCUUUGCUUCUUGUCCUCCACGCAGAAGGAAGUUGGACAGAGCCCUCAAAAAGCAGUGGGCCUGCUGCUGCCAAGGCAUUUGAUCAUUCUCCAGAUCCUAGCCAUGCCGGACCUGUAUACAAUUGUGCUAGGACUGCUGAUUCUUUUGCCCCUCCUGGGAAACAUUUUCUUCCCCUACCUUUGGCUGGACCUGGUCUACUUCUUUACCAUGGUGAAAAGAGGAUACAAAUGCCACCAGUGUCUUCGGCGGAAUCCUCCUUUUACUCUCCUAGAUGUUUUCUUGGAGAAAGUCAAGAAACAUCCUGAGAAACCACUGGUUCUUUCUGGAGAUGAGAUCUAUACCUACCAAGACAUCAACAAGCGCAGCAGUCAGGCAGCCAGAGUGUUACAGGGCCAUGUGGGGCUGAAAGAACGGCAAACGGUGGCCGUUUUUCUGAAGAACGUCCCUGCCUAUCUCUGGGUCUGGAUGGGCUUGGAGAAAAUUGGCUGUACCAUGGCGUGUAUCAAUUACAACAUCCGAUCAAAGUCCCUGUUACAUGUGCUCAGCUCUUGUGAUGCCAAAGUGCUAUUGACCACUCCAGAUUUUCAAGAAGUCAUUGAGGAUGUCCUGCCUAUCCUAAAGAAUGAAGGCGUGCAAGUUUUCUAUCUGAGUGAUGACUCCCCAACUCCUGGUGUGGAAGCUUUGCUGGGACGGAUAAAAUCCAGUUCAUCCGAUCCAAUGUCUCUCUCUUCCAGAGCCAAUAUAACCCCUAAUUCUACAUCCUUGUAUAUUUUUACUUCUGGGACUACAGGGCUACCGAAAGCUGCUCUCAUCACCCAGAGGAAGCUACUCAUUGUGUCCGGCAUGUUCCAUAUAUGUGGGGUGAAGCCUCAGGAUAUCAUCUAUACCCCACUCCCACUUUACCACUCGGCUGCAUUGCUUCUUGGGGUAGGAGGAUGCUUGGAGGUUGGAGCUACACUUGUCUUGAGGUCAAAGUUCUCCGCUUCCCAUUUCUGGGAUGACUGCAGGCGAUAUCAUGUCACCGUGAUCCAAUAUGUAGGAGAAAUGAUGCGCUACCUGUGUAAUUCACCAAAGAGGGACAAUGACCGUGACCACAGUGUGCAGAGAGCGAUAGGCAAUGGCAUGCGGAUCGAGGUCUGGAAGGAAUUCCUCCGUCGAUUUGGAUUCCUGCAAAUCUUUGAGUUCUAUGGAGCAACGGAGGGGAAUGUUGGGUUCAUUAACUACACUGGGAAAGUUGGAGCUGUGGGACGAACUCACUUCCUUCACAAGAAAAUGACCAUGUUUGAAAUUGUUAAAUACGAUGUUGACCAGGAUGAGCCAGUAAGAAACGAGAAAGGGCAGUGCAUCCCAGUAGCCACAGGUGAAACAGGCUUACUAGUGUCCAAGAUUACCGAGGUCACCCCAUUUUCAGGCUAUGCAGGAGACCGUAAGAAAUCAGAGAAGAAGAUUCUCCGGGAUGUCCUGAAAAAGGGAGACAGUUUUUUUAACAGUGGUGACCUUCUGAUGCAAGACCACGAAGGUUUUAUAUAUUUCCAGGACCGAGUAGGAGACACUUUCCGCUGGAAAGGGGAGAAUGUGGCUACAACAGAGGUUGAGAGGACUUUUGCUGCAUUGGACUUCAUUGAGGAAGUCAAUGUAUAUGGUGUGCCAGUGCCAGGGCAUGAAGGAAAGACUGGAAUGGCAGCAAUACGUCUGAAAGAUGGGCUGUCCUUUGAUGGAAAAAAGCUGUAUGCACACGCCAAGGAUUACAUGCCAAACUAUGCCAUACCUCGCUUUGUGCGUCUCAGGGAAGCCCUGGAGAUCACUGAAACAUUCAAACAAUGCAAAGGUCGAUUGGUGAAGGAAGGAUUCGACCCAGCCGUCAUCAAUGACCCCUUGUACUUCUUAGAUGACUUGGAAAAAUGUUACGUGCCCAUGACUAAGGAGAUCUUCAGCUCCAUCACAAAGAAGAAACUGAAAUUGUGAAAGAUCUUCCACAGGGAAACCAGAAGGAGCUGUAAUUGGGAGACUCUUGACCUCUACCUGGGAAAGUGGAAACUGUCAAACCAGAUGAUUAAAAUCUGCCAACCCGGGGAACAUGUUCUUGUGUGUGACAAACCUGUGUACAUGAAUGGCAGCUGGUGGUUCUCACAUGAUUAGGGUGAUGAACAUGCUCUAAAUUUUAGGAUGAACUUUGAAUGAGUUGUCUGGUGCCUUAUUUACAGAUCAUGGAUAGUUCAUUUUGAAAUUCAAACUAAAACUCAGGGCAGAUUCAUCACCCUGCUGGCUGCCUCUCACUAUUGGUGUAUGUAUGAAUGUCUGUGAAAUAAUCCCUUUGCUUUUCCCUGCUGUGUCCAUAUCAGUUGUUGGUUCUGUAUUGUAUAUAUUGAAAACUAUGUAGAAGAGGCAAUGGUCCUGUGCUCUUCACCACCUGGAAUGCUUUUUCUUCCUAUGAUUCACAUGUGUGUGUUGCACCCACCGAUACAAAUAUAAUCACAUGCAAAGUGUGUGACAGCAGACACUUAUGGGGAAGUUGGAACUUGCCUUUAGGAAGAAGAUAUCUUUCUCCAUUGCCACAUUCAUAUUUAUUGUGGAGACCCACCUCUGUAACAGAUUGGACUAUUCUUUUAAAUAUAGUCACUGAAACUUAGGUGCAACCACUCUCUGCCUCAGAUGACACAGCAAGAUGUAAUUCCCCUAAAAUGGCUACAACUAUGAAUUUUACACUAUGGAUUUCUAGUUUACGUUACCCUAGAAAAAACCACUCUAUAUUCUAGAAGCUUUUAUGUGCUCAGAUUAUUUGUACAGUAAAAAUAUCAGAAGACCUAGAAAAAUGCUUAAUUUCAGUAAGGACUUCAUCACACGCAAUAAAGGCAGGUUUCUACACAUUUAAGAAAUGGCUACCGAUGGAACCCAUCAUAUGAUGCAAGCUUGUCUCGUUAGUUCCAGGUAUUUUGCCAUUUCAAAAGUGUGUUUUUUGUUUUAUGCUUCCUCAAUCAAUUGGGAAGUGACUUCUUUUUUAAAUUCCCUGCAUAGAAACUCAUAAAAGCAUGAAAUUUAAUGUGUGAUGGGAAUUUCCCAUUGUCCCCAUAGAAUUCCCCAUAGAAUAAUAUAUAUAUAGAAUAAAUUCCAUUUAUUUAUCUCUUGUUAAAAAGCACUUCCACAAGAACAAACAGAGGAUUUCUUCAAGUAAAAAAAAUGGGGGAAGAGACACUGGGAGGAUAAUGUCUCCCAUGUGAUGAGGAGGCAAACAGAUUAUUUGAAAAGAAAGCUGAAUGAAGGAAAUGUGAGGAAAAUCAUUUGUUUAAUUUCCAAACCAGGCAUUGCAACGCUUAAGAGAAAAACAUUGAUCCUCAAUGCUUUACUUAUUGUGUGAGAUGAAGUCGUAAGAUUCCUCACUUCAUGCUCCAAGACUCAAAAAUUCAAUCAACAUGUUUCAGUGUGGUCACCUAAAUCACCUAGUUGUUGCCUUUCUUUGGGUUUGGUGUUUGUAUGCGUGCAUUUGCAGGUUGGUAUUUCACCUCCCCCUUCCUUAUAGAUUUCACCUUAUGUGGGACAUAUGGCAGGCACCAAACUGUGAUAGGUGCUAAAGUAAGUCUUAGUAGAUGAGUUUGGGAAGAGGAAGUAGAAUAUAUGAGCAAAAUGUUUCACUUGGGGUGGUCAUACAGAAGAGGCAACCAAAAAUUUAAGACUGUGUGCAAAAAUAUUUUGACAUCUAUUUGCAAGACAUAGGAAAGAGUACAAUUAAAACUGCCUUGAGCUGGAGCCAAGGAGUAGAAACAAAAGGCCAGUAGUAUGUCCUUCCACAUAUAUCUAGCUGCGAAAGCACAUUUGGUGGCCAUGAAGGAAAACCAUGGUGGCAGUCUAAGAGAGGAGAGAAGAGUGCUGCACCACUAAAAUCUGUCAUUAAUUUUUAAAUCCCAUCCUCUUCCAAAAUGUGAAAUUUGUAAAAUGACUGAUGGUUGUGUAAGAUUAGAGAGGACAAUGUAUUCCAAACAUCACAGCACAAUUCCACCUGUUUGCCUUGAAAUAAUGUGCUCACUGUUCAUGUUUUUGGUGUGAUGUGAAUUAGCAGGAUAGAAGAAAUAAAUAAAAUUAAAAUGUUGGAAAGAUCAUGAAA